UCGAGUUGGCCUUCCCUCUUACUCUUUUCUCCUCUUCUUUUUCCUCUUCUUCCCUCUCCUUCUUCUCCCUUUGUCCUGCGUCACCGCCGCUCGAUCCUUCUUCUCCCAGUCCGCCUCCUACAACUCCUCCGAUCUCCGUCGAGUUCGUCAAGCUCUCCACCACCGACUCCUCGUCCUCCUCUGCCCCUCUUGACCUCCCUCCUUCUCGGCAUCUGUUCUAUUUACAGAGAUUAAUUUUGUUUGAAUAUGGGUUUCGUUAAAUUAGAUCUUCCAUGCCCUAAGAGCUCGGCGGUGGUACAUUCCGCCGAUCCCGAGCCGCGCUGGACGCUUGACGAUCUGCUCACAGAGCUGAACUCGUUAGAGCGGCAGCUUGGUCCUCCUGUGCCUCUAAAACAAGCAGACUGGGAAUAUUCUGAAAGAAAGGAGACAGGGGGGAGUGGUAACAAGCCCUUUGUUAUGUGCGUUUCUGAUGAUGAUAUAGCAGGAAGUGAAAGCGAUGAUGAUCGAAGUGUGGUGACAGGAAAGCGAUUUUCUUGCAAUGAUAUUUAUUUGAGUGAGUCUGAUGAGUCUGAUGAUGAAAUGCAUACUCAAGCAACUGAAUCCCAUUUGUUGUACAAAAGAAGCAUGGAGGAAGGCAUUUUGUUUGAACUUGAACGUGAGCACCAGCUAAAAGUAAAGGCAGAAGUUAGGAGUAAGUUAGCUGAACUGGAAGCAUAUCAGAAGACUGAAAUUGAGAGAUCAGUUUCUGCCAUGGCUCAGGUUGAGAAAUAUACAGAAACAAGGCGGGAGAUGGAUAAAAGAUUAGACAAGCAAUAUCAACGAAAGAUUGCAGAAGUACUUGAUAAACACUUAUCUGCCAUCCAAAGGGAUCACGAGCAAAGAUCCCAAAUCGAAGAACGGAGAAUAAGAGAUGAUGCAGCUCUUGAAGAAGCUAAAAGGAAGGAGAAAGCUCUUCAUGAGGAAAAAGUGCGUCAAGAAAGAGCUAAAGCAGAAGCAGAGGCUAAAAUGAAGGCUGAAAAAUUAGCUGAAGCACAAAAAAAAGCUUUAGAAGAUGCUGCUGAAAGGGCAGCUAAAGAAGCUGCGGAAAAGGAAGCUGCAAGAACUAGAGAGAAAGCUGCCGCUGAAGUUGCACAGAAAGGGGCUAUGGAGCAAAAAUGGGCAACUGGUGCAGAAACAACUAGUGAAGUAAAGGCUGGAAAUUUAAUAUCAAAGGAUGAGCGUACUAUUGUACCAAAAAAUGUGCAAUUGCCAGGGGUCAAAGUUCUGGCUGCUGAGGCUGCACUAAAAGUGGAGGCAAACAGACUAAAGAUAUACAAUGAAGUGGCCGAGAAAAUCCAUUUGCUUGCUCAAAAGGAUAUUGAUAGAUGUGAAAGACAGAUCACUAAGUAUGUAAACCAAAUAGCUGGAAUUAUAGAGAACGUAAGAGCCAAGGCACAGGCGCUGAAAAAUGUAAUCAAGGAUCCUGCAUGCCCUCCUUCUAUCUCUAUCUUGUUAUUUUCAAAGAAGGUUGUCUCUUUAUGUGGAAACCCUGUUGGAAGUUUUGACCGCACUGCUUUUGCUUGUAGCCAUGUCAUUCUCCUUGUUACAUCACAGAUCCCAGUUACAAUGGAUUUUGUUCUGGCUGAGUUCCACAAAGCUUGCAUUUACACUGUUCCAAAGCAUCUGCAGAGUUCAAAUCCAGCACUGGGAACCAGAGAAUACUUGAAAAUGAUUGGUUACCGUGAAGAAGAUGGGAAGAUUGAAAGCUCUCAAAGUUACCUGAAUCGUGUCAGGUCUUAUAUGAAAUUAUAUGCUGCACUCAUUCAGACAGAGGUUGAAGGUAUCAGAAAUCCUCAUGGCCUAAAAGAAGGAUGGGCAUGGCUUGCAAUGUUUCUGAAUGCACUUCCUGCUAACGAAUACACUGCUGCUGCUUUGGAGUCCUUCCUAAAGAUGGCAGGCUUUGCUCUAUUUAGGAGAUACAAAUCUCAGUUUCUGAAGAUACUGGAUGUCAUCUCCCGUAGCUUUUUGCCUGCUCUGAAGAAACGAGAUCAAAACAAGGGUGAUAUUGCACUAGGACUUGAACAAUAUUUGGAUGAGAAAAUGUACUUAAAGGAGCCAGAAGGGUGGCGCCUUCAGACCUCAUCGCUAUCAAGAGAGUGGAAAUGACCAGCAUCUCUCACCACCUUCGAAGAUGUUCUCGAGGUAUAUGACUUAAAAUAACCGGAAUUGUGGUGCCUACAAACCUCAGAACUGUCGAGAGAGCAUAAGCAGGACUGACAUUGUAUUCGAAGAUGUUAUUAUAAAUCUUGCACCGUUCAGGCAAUUUUUUUAUUAAAAUGCUGAGAUGAAAUCUGGCUUUGUAUGAAUACUUGCAAACCUUUUACAAAAGCAGGUAAUCUUGUCCUUUUUUUUUUUCCA